AUGGCCGCGUUCCACUCAAUGUCAUCCGGCGCGACGUCCGGCGAUGGCAUGACUCUGAACAGCGCCGUGGUGGACGGUAUAGAUGCUUCCCUGUUCGAUGACUCUCUGUUAGAUCCUGUAAACGGCACAUUUCCCACCAUGUCGUUCACGCCGACCUACGACUUCCAAGACUUCUCCGCCACGGGCUUCGAAGACCCUUUCGCAUACUCGAAUCGUCAGUACGAAGUCCAACUCGCUCCCGAGGAGUUCAGCCAAGAUUCCACCACACAAGAGCUAGACAGCAAACUCUUAGGCUUUUCGGCGCCCUUACUAAAGGCUACAGUCGUCGACGGGACCGGCCAGCAUGUGGAAGCCAACAUGUCGGCCGAGCUGUACGGCAUGUUCUUCGUGGCCGAGGACGUCUUUGGCGCUGAGAACAGCGGCAGGCCGCUCGAGCUGACAUGCUAUCGGAGGAAUCUGUGGCAGUGCUCCGGUCAAAUUACGCUGCCGCGGCACAUCACGCACAUUGUAGACGAACAGGGCCGGCAAAUCCCCAUAUUCGAGCUGGCGGCUUCGAUAACGGCGGUCGAGUCCAUCGAGGGCAAGGCGACAGAGAUCAUCUCGAUACCUUGGAAGAGUGCGCAUCCGAUAGGCGCCGAAGAACCGAAGUCUACCGGCGGACCCCCUACUAUUGUCUUGGACCUUGGGAAUGGACAAGAAGUAGAUGCGAACAGGGUUUCUCUGCCAUUGUCAUGGAAGAGGCUGCAAUUCAAGCACGCGACGGCCAAUAACGGAAGGAGAAAGGGCCUCCAGCAGCAUUAUUUAGUGCAGAUCAACCUACUGGGCAAGCAGCAAAACGGCGAGUACGUCAAGAUUGCCGAAGUACACUCUGGGCCCGUUAUUGUUCGUGGCCGUAGCCCGCGGAACUUUGACAGCCGAAAAGAUAUACCUUUGACCGGUGGGGACAAAAAACUUGUGGGAAGAAGCAACAGCGAUGCUUCCGCAACGACCCUCAAAGAAAGCAGCAACAGCAGUGUACCUACUCCUGUACUGAAAUACCAACAACCCCAAGGCAGCGCCCAGCAGCCAGCAGACUGGGCACCGCCGCAGAUGUACCAGGACCCUGGCAGGGGGCCACCUCCGUCGAAGAAAGUGGCCAUGUCGCCGGGAAUCAACCGGCCUCCCAUACCAGCCUGGUCGUCAGAGACAUCGAGGCCGCUGGCCAGAGCAUCGACUUCGAGCUCGGCACCACGGGCUGGGGUUUCUGGUCCCAUCAACCUGUCUCUCUCGGAAGACGAGAGGAGCCCCAACAAGUCCAACUCGGACGUGCAGAGCCCGCAGUUCAGCAAGUCGACGGCGGCCGCAGGGCACCACCUGAGCCAGAGCCCCAAGGAAGAGGACGACUUGCUCUACGAAUACUUUCCACUCAGCGUGGAUGAUUGGAUGCCACCGGUGGAAGCAAUAUACCGACCUCACGUCGUACACCACACCAUCGUACCACCCGAGAUCAAGGCGCAGCAACUGCGCAGUAAGGCAAAGCGAUACUUCACCGCCGAAUCGUGA